AUGAACACUGUCGAAGAUCGAUUAUUCCACUUUGAAGAAUUCUCCAAGUGUCUUAGUGGUGGCUCUCAGCAUAGCAACAGUGGUGAGCCUGCCCAUAUAGAGCGCUAUAAAGCUAUCGCCACCCGUGAUGGUCUAACGCAAUCGGAGCGAGCAAAGAGGUGUAGUCAGGCCGGGGAGGUUGCUUUUACCAAGCUACUACUGAUGCCGAGGCCGCUGAAGCAGCUGCUAGCUUGGAAGCAUAUACCACGAGGCGAUGAUGUUGACGAAACUCAAUCAAUCUACGGCUCUUCGAAGCAAGCCGGGUCGCCCGAGCAUAGCCCUAAAUCGGCCGCCAUCCAUGCACGCUUGGAGAGACUUUUGGGAUGGCUCAGCAAGAUGGAUCAGCCGCUCGACCCUGAGCGCAACGUUCAAGAUGUUUUUGUCUCGGACAGCAGCCGCCCCCAGAGCGAGGGAGGUAGGGUGGUAUACCACUCUCGAUAG